UUUACUCGCAGUUUCCCCCAAUUCAUACGUCCCAAAAAUGGCUGCCGUUAAAAAUUCCGGCCCCCCAGUAGACACCGCCAACCUGCACUCCGACGUCGUUUCUUUUGCCUCCUCCCUAGGGUUCUCCUCCUCCGCCGGAGCCACCGCUCCCUCCUCCGGCUUCAAAGACUCCGAUUCCAGAAAAACCCGCCCCAACAAGCCUCAGUCUCAAAAACCCCCAAACCCCCGGAAGAAUCCACCCCCGAGAAACAGUAAAUUCGAAAACCCUAAAACAAACACCAGACGAAACACUACAGCACCGCCUCAAAUUAACAAGUUCGACGCCGCCGACGACAGCAAUUUGUUGCCGGAAAACGAUAACAGCAAAUUUAAGAAUCUUCCGAAGCUCCCGCUUGUGAAAUCAAGUAUACUCGGGGUGUGGUACGACGAUGCUUCUAAGAUGGAGGAUGAAUUUAUUGGAAAAGACAAGAAAAUUGAGUACAAAAAUGUCGAUGAGUGGAAGGGUUUGGUGAAGACGAAGAAGGAAUUGGGCGAGCGGCUUUUGGCGCAGUAUGCGCAGGAGUAUUUGUCUUCGCGAGGGCAGCAUGGAGAUAUUAAGAUGCUUAUUGCUACUCAGAGAUCGGGUACAGCUGCCGAUAAGGUUUCGGCACUGUCUGUUAUGAUUGGGGAUAAUGCAGUUGCUAAUUUGAGAUCAUAUGUCCUCUUAUCUUUUUUUCAGACAGUGGUGAUUGAUGAAGUGGAUAAUUUCCUUUUUCGACCUCGUCUUGGAUUACGAGCCAAGUAUCAUGCUGUAAACUUUUUGAGUCAAAUUCGUUUGAGUCACAAAGGAGAUGGACCUAAAGCUGCAAAACGGUUGAUUGAUAUUUAUUUUGCUCUCUUCAAGCUUUUGAUAUCAGAGGCUGGAGCAGCACAAUCUGCUGGAAAGUAUAAUAAAAAAGCUUCUAGUUCUUCGAAAGAAGAUAAAGAGAAAGCCCCAGCGGACUCACACAUUGAAAUGGAUUCACGGCUGUUAUCAGCUCUUCUAACUGGUGUUAAUAGAGUUUUUCCAUUUGUGUCUAGUGAAGAAGCUGAUGAUGUAGUAGAGGUUCAGACUCCUUUGCUGUUUCAGCUGGUUCAUUCAAAGAACUUCAAUGUUGGAGUUCAAGCGUUAAUGCUUCUCGACAAAAUCUCAUCUAAAAAUCAAAUUGUCAGCGACCGUUUUUAUCGGGCCUUGUAUGCAAAACUCCUGCUCCCUGCUGCAAUGAAUUCUUCUAAGGAGGAAAUGUUUAUUGCACUCGUCUUGAGGGCAAUGAAGAAUGAUAUCAAUAUAAAGCGAAUUGCUGCAUUCUCAAAGCGUCUGUUGCAGGUUGCCCUACAGUUGCCGCCUCAAUAUGCCUGUGCAUGCCUUUUCAUGCUCUCCGAAGUCCUUAAAGCACGCCCUCCUCUUUGGAAUAUGGUGCUUCAAAAUGAGACUGCUGAUGCUGAUGAUGAUCUUGAGCACUUUGAAGAUGUCAAAGAAGACGACGACAAUCGGACUUUUCCUGCAUCUGAUGACAAAGUCAAUAAAGGUCAUAAUGCUGACAUCAGCAAUGUAUACGAUGAUGAUAGCGAUUCAUCACUCGAUGAAAACGGUGCUGCAACUUCUGGUUUUGAAGAUUACAGUCUUAAUGAAGAAGAUGAUUUACUUGGAGAAGGUGAUUUCGACAAUAAACUUGAGGGACCUAAGUCAACUUCUGGCAACAAAGUGCAGAGUUCUCAAAGCGUAACAUUGCCCGGGGGUUACGACCCACGAUUAAGGGAGCCUAGUUAUUGCAAUGCAGAGCGGGUUGGCUGGUGGGAGCUAACAGUACUUGCCUCACAUGUGCAUCCUUCAGUUGCUGCAAUGGCCAAUACCCUUCUUUCUGGGGUCAAUAUUGUGUAUAAUGGCAAUCCACUUAACGAUCUUUCACUUGUGGCGUUUUUGGACAAGUUAAUGGAAAAGAAACCAAAACAAAAUACAUGGCAUGGAGCCUCCCAAAUCGAACCUGCCAAGAAGAUGGAUAUGAACUACCAGCUAAUAGGGGCAGAAAUCUUGUCACUGGCGGAAUCCGAUGUGGCACCUGAAGACGUAGUUUUCCAUAAAUUCUACACGAACAAAAUGAAUUCCUCAAAGAAACCGAAAAAGAAAAAGAAGAAAACUGUUGAUGAAGAAGCUGCUGAAGAGUUAUACGCAGUUGAUAAUGGCGAAGAUGAAGAUGAUGGAAGUGAUGAUGAAGAAAUCGACAAUAUGCUUGACACGGUCAAUGCAGCAGACGGUGAUUACAAUUACGAUGACCUGGACAAGAUUGCUGACGAGGAUGACGAAGACUUGAUUGGUGAUGCGAGCGACGAAGAAGGUGAUGAAGAAGCGAAUUUCCCUUCGGAUAUUGAUGAUGAAGAUAUCGAGGACGAUGAGAAUGUUUCGAGUGAUGACAAUAUUCCGGCGGAGAACAGUGACGACGAUGAUAUUGCUAUUGGGGAAGCUGACGAUGGGAGUGACUUCGAGGAGGUGGAGGAAGAGAGCUUUGAGCUAACGAAGAAGAAGAAGCGAAAGUCAGGAUCUUCUCCUUUUGCAAGCCUUGAAGAAUACGAGCAUUUGAUCGAGGAUGAGGUGGCCCCUGAGCCUGAGUCUGGUUCGUCCACGCAGAAGAAGAAAAGCAAAUCGAAGAAGAAUAAAAAGGCGAAAAGAUCUUAGCUAUAUCGAAGAUUCUUUAUACACACCCGAUUUUUUUUCAACUUUCCUUUGAUUGAUUAUCACUGAAUUAUUAUGGAAUUUUGAUAAUGAGAUAAAAGUUUAACUAGUUUUUAUUCCCUUUUGUUGGGGAUAAGUUAUGUUGUAGAAAUUUCAUGAGUGUGGCUGUGGGACUUUUACACAAGAAUUCAAAUAUUUCUUGUUGAUUAGUAUUGAAAACUUUGCAAUAUUUUUUUUUUUA